UUUGUCAUCGCCGGUGUGUCCUAACGUAAGUUAGCUAGCUAGUAGUGUUAAUUUAUAGGUACAUUUUGUUGGCUUUGGUGAUAAACUCGGGUACAAAGGUUAUUUGCUUCGUUUAAUGUUUUAAUUGCUGACAUAAGCUAAACAGGGCAUGGGGGCUAGCUUCAACUGUAUGCUAGGUCACAUUAUCUUUAUUAUCAAUUUAGCAAAUAACGUUAUCACUCUAGAAAAGGUCUAGCCACAGAAAGAAGAGGGGACAUGAUGACAACCGAUGAUAUGGCAUGCAAUGAAUUAAUUAACAUAGAUGUUGACACCCUUGCCCCCCAUGAUUUAAAACAAGAAAAACUCCAACUUUCUGCAACUCUACGAAAGUACUACUCAUUCUGUAAGAGGAGGACAUUUGGUACAUUUGUGGCAUCCAAAAGAGCUUCAACAACAGUUUGGAAUUGCUGUGGCCAGACCUUCAAGGAACUUUCUUCCAUCCAUAAACAUGUGGCAAGGACUCAUGACACUGACAUUCACCAGCUUACCCAGUCCACAUUUGAGGUUUUACUGAGCCAGAUUGAGAAAGAAGCCACUUCACAACAACAAUCAACAGAGAAAGAGCCAGUGGACAUUUCCUCCUGGAUACCUGACACCAGUCACAUCACUGGUGACCAGCUUCACAAUGGCCCAGGCGAGGUUCUUCUGCUCUACUGCUACUGUCAGCUGGCAGAUCCACAGCUCAUCUGUGCUUGGCAAAAGGCCCUUUGUGAAAAACUCCAGUUAACUGGCAAGGUGAGAGUGGCAACUGAGGGGAUCAAUGGAACAGUUGGAGGCACAAAAGUGGCGACUGGCUUGUACAUCAAGGCAAUGUGCUGCCAUCCAAUCUUCAAUAUAAUGGAAAAAGAAGACUUUAAGACCAGCAAUGGGGGUGCAGAGUGUUUUUGUGACCUGAGGGUUGGAGUCUACAAGGAAAUCGUGCCAAUGGGAGUGGACCCUGAUGCCCUCUCCUACAGUCUAGCAGGUACUCAAUUGGAACCUGAAGAAUUCCACAAAGAAGUGGAGGCUCUUUUGUCAAAAGGUGACUCUUGCAAUGAUACAAUACUGCUGGACUGCCGGAACUUCUACGAGAGUAGAAUUGGCCAGUUCAGCCAAUGUUUGGCCCCUAACAUCCGAAAAUUCAGUUACUUCCCCGAUUACGUUGACCAGAACCUUGACCUCUUUCGAGACAAGAAGGUCCUUAUGUACUGUACCGGUGGCAUUCGCUGUGAACGCGGCUCAGCCUAUCUCCACUCAAAACAUGUGUGUAAAGAAGUUUAUCAGCUGAAAGGUGGCAUUCAUAAGUACCUGGAACAAUUCCCUGAGGGCUUCUAUCGCGGCAAACUGUUUGUGUUUGACAAGCGCUUUGCAAUCUCCUCCAACAGUGACAUCAUCUCAGAGUGUAGGUACUGCAAUUCUCCGUGGGACCAGUACCAGCUAUGCUCCACACACUUCUGCUGCCAGCUGGUUCUUUCCUGCUCUGCCUGCAGACAGGGCGGCCACACCGCCUGCUGCCCCAUCUGCCAGACCAAGGGCAAGGGAGAAGAGCCCUCUGCCACACCUCCACAGAGAGAGGAGUGCGAGUGCACAGCCAUGCGGCCCAGGAUCCCCCAGGAUGCAUUGUGAUGUGACAUCACCAGUUAAAAAAAAGUUCAACAGAGCUAAGCAGAGACCUUACCUGGAGCUUAACCCAUUCAUGUAUUUUAAAUGGACAAUCCUUAUUCAAUAGACUCAAAUGCGAUUGUCACCACAAUCGGCUUGUGCCUAUUUUAAUUAAAGUAAUCCUCAACAGA